UUGUCCUUGUCAAACAUUUCAAAACAAAAAGAUCGUCGAAAUAUUUUUGUGUUGUGUUUUGCUCCUAAUCGUUUCAAGAAAUAAAAUUCGUUUUCAACACUGGUAAUCCGCUGCACCAGCGUGAAAAUGUCCACCGAUCAGCCGGCGGUCAAACGGUACCGCCGCGAGGAAAAGGACUCGGACGGAAGUGAUGCGGAAAACGACGACAAGUACGUGCCCUAUGUCCCGGUGAAGGAACGCAAGAAACAGCAACUGCUCAAACUGGGCCGGAUAGUCCAGCUGACGGCCGAGGCAUCCAACGUGGGCAAAUCGUCCAGCGAGAAUGAACACGACGACGAAAACGCAGAGGAAGCGUGGGGCCGGAAGUUCAACAUCAGUCUGUUGGAUCAGCACACGGAACUGAAGAAGAUCGCCGAGGCCAAGAAGAUCAGUGCCGUCGAGAAGCAGUUAAAAGAGGAAGAGAAAAUCCUCGAAAGUGUCGCCGAGAAGAAAGCCCUCAUGGGUGUUGCCGAAUUGGCAAAAGGCAUCCAAUACGAGGACCCGAUCAAAACCAGCUGGAAGGCCCCUCGGUACAUUCUCGCCAGAACGGACGCGUCCCACGAACGGGUUCGCGAAAAAUUAAGAAUUCUGGUAGACGGAGAGAACGUACCGCCACCGAUUCGCUCCUUUCGGGAAAUGAAGUUUCCGAAAGCAAUUCUCGCGGCUCUGGAGAAGCGAAACAUUCGGAAACCGUCACCCAUUCAGGUGCAGGGAAUUCCUGCCGUUCUGGCCGGCCGCGAUUUAAUCGGAAUUGCCUUCACCGGUUCGGGAAAGACGUUGGUUUUUGUGCUGCCAAUCAUCAUGUUCUCGUUGGAGCAGGAGCUCCGUCUGCCAUUCAUCAGCAAGGAAGGUCCAUAUGGGUUGAUCAUUUGCCCUUCGCGUGAGUUGGCCAAACAGACGCAUGACAUCAUUCAGUACUAUUGCCAGCACUUGCAAAUGAGCGGUAUGCCGGAAAUACGCUCGGCGUUGGCCAUUGGAGGUGUUCCGGUUAACGAGUCACUGGGAAUCAUCCAGCAGGGGUGUCACAUUAUGGUGGCAACUCCGGGUCGUCUUAUGGACAUGCUGGACAAGAAAUUACUCAAAUUGGACGUCUGUCGGUAUCUCUGCAUGGAUGAGGCCGAUCGGAUGAUUGACGCCGGUUUUGAAGAGGACAUUCGAACCAUUUUCUCGUACUUCAAAGGUCAGAGGCAAACGCUGCUCUUCUCCGCUACCAUGCCUAAGAAGAUUCAAAAUUUUGCCAAAUCCGCCUUGGUCAAGCCGGUUACGAUAAAUGUGGGCCGAGCUGGAGCUGCUUCGAUGAACGUAACCCAAGACGUGGAGUAUGUCAAGCAAGAAGCGAAGGUCGUCUAUCUUCUGGAUUGCCUUCAGAAAACUCCUCCACCUGUGCUGAUCUUCGCAGAAAAGAAACAGGACGUAGAUGCCAUCCACGAGUAUCUCCUGCUGAAAGGCGUCGAAGCCGUAGCCAUUCAUGGCGGUAAGGAUCAGGAGGAGCGAUACCGUUCGGUCGAGGGUUUCAGAAACCAGGAAAAGGAUGUUCUCGUUGCCACGGAUGUGGCUUCUAAGGGUCUCGACUUUCCGGAUGUACAACACGUCAUCAACUAUGAUAUGCCGGACGAUAUCGAAAACUACGUCCAUAGGAUUGGUCGUACCGGUAGAUCGGGUUCGAAGGGUCUGGCCACCACAUUCAUCAACAAAGCCACUGAGCAGUUUGUGUUGCUGGAUUUGAAGCAUCUGUUGAUUGAGGCCAAACAGAAGGUGCCGCCAUUUCUGGGUGAACUUUGCUCCGAAACGGAGAAAUAUGCCGACCUGGGCGACGGUUGCAGUUAUUGUGGUGGUCUUGGGCAUAGAAUUACCGAGUGUCCCAAGUUGGAAGCGAUACAGAGCAAACAAGCGUCGAACAUUGGGCGGAGGGAUUAUCUGUCUAACACGGCGGCUGAUUAUUAAAUGUGAGUACAUAUUACCUAUACGUAUUUUAAGUAUGAUUCGAAUAAAAUUUAAAUAAUGGA